UAUAUAUAUAUAUCCUAUACUGGUCUUUCAGCAACCCAACUCCCCAACUCGCCCAUCCUUCCCACAAAAUUCAAUAAAAUGGGAGGCUGUGCGACUAAGCCCAGGGAGUCUGACAUCCUUGCCGAGUCAAUCCACACUGAUGGUUGCGCCGCUCCCAAGAAGGAUGACGGGGAGACUUCUGCUCAAGGGACCGACAAUGGGGUCGAGAGUCAGAGUGCAGCACCCUUGGUAGACAUCUCCAAGGAGGAGAAUGGAAACUUGUCCUCUGAACCGAAGACCAUUGAAGCUGCACCAGUUUUGGUGGAGGCAGCUGAAGAGACUACCAAGACAACAACAGAGGACAAAGUUGAAGCCCCUGCUAAUGAAUCCAAUGACAAAGUUGACAAAGUUGAAGCCCCUGCUAAAGAAUCCAAUGACAAUAAAGUUGAGGCUGUUAAGGAGACCCAAGAGCCGGCAAAGGAGGAGCAAGCUGAGGCCAAGACUGAGAAAUCAGAUGCCACUCCAAGCUCAGGAGAUAGAAGUGAUGCACCUGUUGCAACUGCGUGAUGACACUUCCAACUUAACAGAAACAAUAAAUCUAACUAUAAGAGAUUUAUCAUUGGAAUGAUACUUGUCUAAUUUCAGUCUGGUUUAUUGGGAUUCAUGUGAAGAUCUGGAACAAUUGUUAAUUUAUUUUUAUUCCUCUGAUAUUUAUAUUUGGAGUUUUAAUUUGUUGCUUUAUAACACUAACCCAUAUAUCCGGUUUUAGGA